UGUCUUCAAUUUGUUUUUGUUUUUAUUGUUUAUAUGGUUACGUUCAAGGAAUUUCUGUACAUAUAUCUCACCGGUGGACUGACGCUGAUUCCCGCUUUGUUGCUGGGUUAUUUAUAUUUAUCUGGCACACUCGUCACCAGGAAACAACCAAUCGUUCGCUCACUCAAAAAUUACUCCAAGGAACCUUACGAUGCUAUUGACGAUGACGACGGCAAAAGAGGAUGGAUCCGAAUCACCAAUCACUAUCAAGCGAAAUGUUCCAUGGAGAAAGACAAAGAGAAUGGCCUUAUUUCAGGGAUUCAACUGUACAUGAAUAACAGAACAGGAGGACCCAAGAAACAGAAAACACUGUUGUAUGGUGCAUUGAAGCACGGUACACUAUUUUGUUACGAUUCGUCGGAACAGCAGGAUUGUCAGUUGGUUAUCCCUGUUCACAACUACACCGUCUCCUUGUAUCCCGAAGGAUGUCAGGAAGGUGAUUUAUUCAGUCGGAGCUCAGCCAUUGUCCUACGUCCAAAAAACCAACGAGCCCAGUCCUUACACAUGGCCAGUCCGGAGAAAAAAUCAGAAUCCAUGCCUGAUCUGUACAAAAGCAAAACAGAACCAGCUAUAGAGGUGAAGGAAAAGGAAUUUUCUUUGGAUAAAAUGAUCUAUCUUUAUUGCGCACGUGCGAUUGAUAAGGAAGAUUGGUACCUAAGCUUGCGACUCGCGUCGACGAUGAUGGAUUCUCCUGGUGACGCGAAAGAUGUGCCGGAUUCCACGCAAUUCGAUAUGGUGGCGAUGCAUGAACUUAUUACGACAAUACAACGCGAUCCAGCUCAACGGGAAAUGCAAUGGCUGAAUGCGCUGGUGGGCCGGUUGUUUUUGGGGACAUAUAAAACGGCCUGGAUGCAAAAAUAUUGGGAGAAUAAGAUUAUUCGCAAAGUGCAAAAGGUGAAGCGACCCAAUGUUCUGGAUGAAAUCCAUAUUCAGACUGUCGAUGUCGGUCAGGCGAUUCCUUACAUCACCCAGCCGAAGCUGUUAUCUUUGUCCCUUCAAGGCGAUCUGAUUCUGGAAGCGAACAUUGAAUAUGCAGGAGGUCUAGCCGUGGUGAUUGAGACCGGCUUCCAUUGGAGUUACUCAUCGCGACUCAAACCUAUUCGGGUCAAUCUUGUACUCUCGGUAAUGCUGAAGAAAUUACGAGGCAAGUUUAUGAUCAAGAUUAAACCGCCACCUACCAAUCGUUGCUGGAUCGGAUUCUACGAAAUGCCAUACAUGGAAUGGGAAAUCACGCCAAUUGUCUCUGACAAGGAGAUCAAACUGAAUAUGGUCACUAACGCUAUCGAAUCCAAAAUCCGUGAAGUCAUUUCGGAGAACAUCGUGCUGCCGAACAUGGAUGAUUUUCCUUUUUGGCCAUCGGAAGGGUUGGGAGGCAUUUUCGGUGACAGCGUGGUUGUGCCGCCGUCGAUGGGCAAAGAGGAUAGUCCAGCCGCCGAAGUAGACAAGAAAUUUUCGCCAGUCUCAUCCAUUGACAUCAAACAGAAUCCGGCGGUGCCAUCCUCGGAAGAAGACGAUUCAGAGGAGAAUGGCGUGAAUCAUCGUCACUCCGGCUCCGACAGCGGAUUAGAGGAUCUCAAGCAGACACCUAAUUCAGCCUAUGUAUUGGAUGCGGAUAAAUCAAAAUCGACCCCUAAUCUGCGAGGACCGACUUCCACAUCGACAGCGCCUGCACAUCUUGAAGGAGGACAUAUGGAAACAGCUUCCAUUCGGUCAAAUGACAGUCAACGAUCAGGAGAGACAGCCUCGAUGCAUACUACGACUUCAGGUCAAAGCAAUCCAUUAAAACUGGGCAUGUCCAUUUUACGUAAGAAGGCGAGAUGGAGCAGCGGCGAUUCGGAUAACUUGUCGGACGAGACGUUGGAACGACGAUCGAGUCAAGAUGAUGGUGACGAUGCCAAAUCGACGACUUCCGGCAAACGAAGUUUCCUAUCAAAGAUCAGUGUCAAUAGUAACAAAGGCGACAUACGCGACGGAACUCAAAGUGAACCAGCUUUAUUUGGCAGCAAAUCUAUGCCUUUCAAGAGGAAUCUCACGAAGAUGGCUGAAAACUUGUUGCAUAAAAACAGGGACGAAGAUGAAGAGGAUCGGGCGAUACGAGCAUCCCAGGAACAACGGUCCGAUCAGUUUGCCUAUCGUAUUGCGGAAAUGAAACGACGGAGUCAGCAACAAGACGAACCGAAAACCCCAGCAACCGAGUAUCGCGAUAUCAUUCAACGAGCAUCGGAGCUGAAGAGAGGCGGAUCCAUGCUUGAUCUGGAUCCUUUGGAAGAUCAAUUGGAUUCCACGCAUUCGUCUCCGACACCGUUCUCUCUUUCUUCUUUACCCCCUCCGAUAGCACCUGCGAAACCGCCACGCAAGGAACCUGUACGAUCGAUGGAAGAAAUUGAACCCGGCCAUGAUACCCAUUCCCCGUUACCCCCUCUACCGCCUAGAGAUUCCAUGGAAAAUCCGUUGCUGGUGGAUAAAAAACAAGAAGGCGCACAGCAAACCAUAGUCACGGAACCACCGGCAAUUCCUCCGCGACGGGAAAGAUCGCCACCACCACGACCACCACCGGUGCCUAGCACGGCUCGACCGAUUCUUUCAUCUGAAUAUCCUGGUGUACUACAACCAGAAUCUACGACUCCGCUCCCUGUUCCUUCUGCUAUCCCAGCAUCCACAGAAAAACCACCUUUACCACCACGGUCAGGCCAAGCAAUACCGCUUGCUAAUAAAUAAGGUUGAGCCGAACUCUAAAACACCAAUGCGUUUUUGGAACUUACCUGUUAUAGUAUUGUUAUGAGAUAAAUAUCAUAGACUCUGCCCUUUCCCAUUUGUAACUACCUUUUUUUCAAAAUUAAAUAUCCGCAGAAAGAGGAUGAAAGUUUAUGAAUAUAUCGCGAUCUAUUGAAAAGACAAAAUGUGAACCGUCUAGUCACGGCAAGUCUCGAUUUUUCAAAUUCGAUGGCAUGCUGCCAUCGAAGUUCUGGACCUCUU